UAUAUAACAAAUAAUUUGAGCUCAAGUAUGCCACGGGGUCGAGCGCGGAAGCGUUCUGAUUCUAAAGACACGCGAGAGUCAGAAAAAAAUCGAGCAAAACGGAACCGAGACAAGUUUCGUCAGCUCAUAAUGGAUUUAAACGACUGUGUCAGCGACGAAAGCCUGAGCACAAACAAAUGCCUAUCAACCGCAAUAUCCAUUUUAUCCCUGGAAAAAGUUCACAAAAACUCCGACUCAAUACUUGAUUCAAUAAAAGACUCCCCGGACAGUUCUCCGAGUAGUUCUAGUAGUGGAUCACCCGCUAAGGAGCUCCAGCAUCUUCUCUCUGCCAGAGACUGUUUUGGUAUCGGCUUCAACGAGCAGGGGACCAUUUUGUACACUUCACCUAACUUCAAAACAGCUGUGGGAUAUAAAGAAUCUGUUCUCGGAGAGAAUCUUGACAAAGUUGUUCUGCGGUCUCGAGACAUCAUGAACAAGAUAUUUAACGAAGGCAACUACCACUUCAUAUGUAUGGUACACAUUGUCAAAAUGGCAGGCAAAGAUUUUGCACCCUUUCACUUCCAAGGGAAGAUUCUCCCUUGUCAAGAAGGGGGCAGAAUGUACCUUGGUUACGGAGAAAGGAAAAAUACAAUCAUCAACGAUCCUAUCUCCAGUUUUAAUGUGAACGAAAUACUCAUCGGUCUUGACUUAUCAUUUGUAGGGAAGCGAAACAUCUACAUAGACUCUCUGCUAGGUUAUCCCACCUUCCAGAACUGCACGACGGAACAUGUCGUAUCAGAGGACUUGACGAACGUUUUCAGUGAGCCGGAAGACUCAUCGCGCAGCUUGAUCAAAUCGUUUCAAGAGGAUGGUUAUGCACAGCAUGUGGUGCGCUUACUCUGCGCUGAUAACACUAUUUUGUACGUUUUAUCAAAAGUUUUCCUGCACAUCAACCAGGAAAAUGUUCCCGUUAUGAUCAGUUACAGUGUUCCGUUUGCAUUUUCAUCCCAAUCCCAGAGAACUAUUGACGAAGGAAUGCGCAUGAUCACCACACACGAACAGUGGUUGGCUCUGGUGCCUUCCUUUUUCACACCUCCAACUCCAGAUAAGCCUCUGUGUCUAGAGGAUAUUAUUCCAACAAUCGAAGCUUCGUCACCGGACCUACAAAUGGACUCGUCCGCUCAGCUUAUGUCAUUCCCCCACAGAGACAAGAAUCAGAUACUGCAGAUAUCAGAUCCUUGUACUAUCGAGGAAAUAAUGCCAGAUCAGAAACCAGUUCCAGAGCUGGACCUUGUUGAUGUUUUAGACUUUUUGUAACGUAUUUUGCCCUCCGUGACCGGCAAAAUGUUCUUGUAACAGAGGCUGGGUUUUGAGUCAGCUGGAGCUGUAUAUAUAUCAACUCAAUCGUAACCAGAUUGAACAUUGUAAAUGGCGCUUUGGCUGGUCUCUGGAGAGGUUUGUGCGAAAAAUUUUCCCACGAACAGAUCUUGGAAUUGAGAUUCCUCUUUUGCCAGAGAAUGAUAUUUCAGUUCGGAUCGUGUCACCCUUCAACUCAGUUUCUUAUACAAAGAAAUAUUGUGCAGCUCAAUAUGGCUUAAUAGAAGUGUCGCUUGACUCCUUUUCUUGUCAAUGGGUUGAUUUUGUUGACCAUAUUGUAGCUAGGAAAAUCUUUUCGUUGAAAAAGUUUCAUAAUAUUCUGCUGAUACUGCAGAACUACUACUACUGAAUUGUAUGUGAUUUUAACUGUUACCAGAUGAUAUCAGAAUCAGCGAAUCGUCAAAAGUUAACAGUAACUUCACGAAGAUUCAAGAGAGAUGAAUGAAUUCAAGAGAUGAAUGAAUACUGAUUGGGAUAAUAGUGCUAUCAUGAACGACUUGUGAUGCGUGGGAUUGAAAGUAAAAUCAACUUAGAAAGUAAAAUCAACUUACCUUUAGUUUACCUUCAUUAAAUUCAAUGAUUGGUGUAUAAAAAAAGAUUCUCUUAUUGUUCCCUGGGUUUCCUAUACAUUACUAUACAUUCCUAUAUAUUACUAUCUUAACGUUCUAAUCAGUGGGUUUUUGUGAAUUAAGACGAUGAUUUAACGAUGUAUCCUUAAUUUGAUGAUUGAUUUUGACUGCUAAUGAAUCGUUCACAUAGUAUGUACUAUGUAAGCCAGAUUUGGGAUAAUUUAUAUCUCCUACCCUUACGUUAUCACUUUUUUCGCAUUUUGUAGAAAUCACACCAGUAGAGCAGUAGUGUAAGCUUUUCUAAUCCUGCUGCUAAUACGUAAUAUUAUGUGAACGAUAUCCAAUUGUGAAACAGUCGAGUCCGUUUUUUGUCUGUCAAAAAGAACUUAAAAAUGUGGCAUGUGUCGUAUUAUCUAAAAUUUUUAAGUGAGGGUAAAUGAGGGAAAAUGAGGUAAAUGAGUUCGACUGAAAUUUCGUUUGUAUGGCACAUACCACCAUCGAAUAUAAAUCUGGAGCUUUCAGAUUAUACUCGAAGUUUUGUGUCAUUUUUUAAAUUUUAUGCUGUUUGUUUUUUAGACGUAUUUACUUAUUUAGACUUCUGUUGAAUGUGUUUUAAGAAAUUGCAAAAUGUUAGAAUUUAUACCUUAACUCAAUGCUGAGAAUGCUGGAACCUAGUUACCGUGGAGUUAGACGGUGGUGCUACGAUAUUUUACCAAUAAUACAUACUUGCACACUUAUAAAGCUCUUUUCAAGAGGGUGACAGUGCAACCUAUCAUUUUCAAAUGAACUUGCAUAAUCUACACUUGCAAAGGCAUAUUAAAACUUAGAAUAUGAAAGUUAAAUAUCACGCACUUUUCGUGACCCGAAAAAAGAAUGCCGGUGAUUCCACGGUGACAAUAAGACAUCUCAGAUGUUUUGGAAAUUAAUAAUCAUUCCAGAACAAUCAGAUUGUUUUUGAAAACGAUUAGAGAAUAGCUGCGCAGCUGCUGUAAGUCAGUACGAGCAGUGGAUAUCUAAACAUCUUUGUUACGGCUGCUAAAUUAUAGUUACUUGUCCGUUUUAAGACAAGUAUCUUUCUCCAUGGUAAACAAAGAGACAAUUAGCUCCGCAGUUUUACUUUCACUGUAAGCUACAAAUUGUACAUCCACUUAAGAGCUAAAACAACUGUUGAAGGCUGCUUGAAUAGUUAUUGAUUGACAGUUACACCUUGAUUGUUAUCUUGUAGAGAGAAUAUUUACUUCGAAGAGAAUACUUUAGGGGUCGUCACAUAUUACGUAAUCAUUGG